AUAUCCUCAAACAUUUUCAAUCAUUAUAACCUAAAUAAUUACCUAUUUUAAUAUAUUAUCUUUAAAAAUAAGCGCUGAAAAUUAGUUCAAAGAAAGAAAGUUUAGCAACUAUUGCAUAAUGCAUAUUUUGCCGUUUUGUUUGUUAUGUUUUAUAAUCGUGAAAGUUCAAAGCCAAACUUUGCAAAAUGUAAGCGAUGAUGAGUUACUGCAACUGAUAAAAGAAGAGGAAAAAUUGAUUGUAUUGUUUUCUAAACCAAAUUGUGAUGUGUGUAAUAAAUUGGAACAAAAUCUUGACAGUAUGUAUGAUGACUUUGUGAAGCAUAUGAAUGCUUUAACUGUGAAAGCAGUUAACAGUCAUUUAUCCAGACUUUACAGUCCAACCAAAGAGCCGGCCGUUGUAUUUUUCAGACAUGGAGUUCCUUUGCUCUAUGAUGGUGAACCAGGUGAAAAUGAACUUUAUGGGUUUUUGGAAAAAAAUCAGACGCCAGCAGUUAAAGAGUUAACAGAUAAAAUUUUUGAGCACAUGACACAAGCAGCUACUGGUGCCACCACUGGGGAUUGGUUUGUUAUGUUUUACGGUGCAUCCUGUGUGGAAUGUCAAAGGUUGCAUGCAGUUUGGGAAAGUGUGGGAGCAACAUUACGUGGACGAAUUAAUGUUGCCAGGGUUGAUGCUAAUCUGGCAGGGCUCAAUACAGCCAAGAGGUUUAAAGUUGCUAAACUGCCAGCCUUUCUCUUCUUCCGUCUUGGAAAAGUUUAUCGCUAUGACUUACCAAAGAGAGAUAUCAAGUCAUUUGUUUCCUUUGCCCAGGAUUGGUACAAAAACUCAAAGGGUGAAUCUGUACCACUUCUUUCGUCACCAUUUGAUGAGUUGGUUGAUUGGUGUGUUGAAAUGAUUAAAUUCAGCAUAGCUUUUGGACUGGACAUAUUAGCAAGAUAUCCCUGGAUCUGGCAGAUAGGACUAGCAGGAUUUGGUCUUGUUGCAAUAACAGCCCUUAUAGCAUUAAUCAAAGCAGGAAAAACAAAACCUAAAGAAGUUAAAAAAGAGAAGAAGAGCAAAUGAGUUGGUCUUAAUAUGACAUCACAGAUUCUAAAAAACACUUCAAAGUUAUUAGCACUAAUGUAAUAAUUAUGACCAGUGAUAAAAUAUUAUUAUCAGGGUAGGAACGUUGCAUUUAUUUAUCCGUCCUAGUUUUUGAGCAUGUGAUAAUACUUUUUUAACUACCUAGGUAUACUUACCUAUAAGUUGCAUAAAAACCCAUAUAUUAAGUUUGUAUAUUUGUAUUGUAUUUUUUUAAAAUACUAAAUAAGUAUAUAAUUAUAAAUAAAACUAUUUAAUUUUG